GGCCCGCGCCGGAGACGCAGAGCUCACUUCCCCCAAAAUUAUAAAAGCAGGGAAACUCAAGACAAAGAAAGCAAGCAAGGCCAGUGACUUCACCGACAUGGCUAACUGGCCCACCCCAAGCGAGCUUGUGAGCACAGGGAAUCAAAGUGUCAUCAGCCAUGGCAACAAGAAGCCACAGAACCGAAAGGAAAAAGAAGACAAGGUGGAAAAGCGAAGUAACAGCGAGAGCAAGGAGAGGCGGGAAGCCUUGGCCGCAUGCCCGGCAGAGACAGUCAGCGAGGACGAAGCGCAGACCAGCAGCCAGCGCAAGCGAGCCAGCAGACACAGGUGGGUGCCACUACCCCUGGACGUGGUGAGGCCUGACAGCCAGGAACGCCCCGGCUCCCGGACCAGCUCACGGUGUCAACCUGAUGCCAACAAAACCCCUCACAGCGCCCGGAGAAAUGACGCCCGGAGUUGGCGGCGAGAUCGCGAGAAGCGGGAUGACCAGGAUGAAGUUUCCAGCGUCCGCAGUGAGGGCGGCUCCGUGCGAGGCUCUUUCCGAGGUCGCGGACGCGGACGGGGUCGGGGCCGGGGUCGAGGCCUCAGCAGUGCACGAGGGAGCCUGGACUAUGCAAGCUUGCGGCCUGAGGCACCCCUAGCAGGGCUGCAUAGCAGCAUGAUGUACUACUACGACGAUGGCACCGGGGUACAGCUCUACCCCGUGGAAGAGGCGCUGCUCAAGGACUACAUCCGGCGCCAGAUUGAAUAUUACUUCAGCACUGAAAAUUUGGAACGUGAUUUCUUCCUCCGGAGGAAGAUGGAUGAACAAGGCUUUCUGCCCAUCUCCCUUAUCGCGGGUUUCCACCGUGUGCAGGCUUUGACCACCAACCUCAGUCUCAUUCUAGAGGCACUGAAAGACAGCACAGAAGUGGAAAUUGUGGAUGAGAAAAUGAGAAAAAGGAUAGACCCUGAAAGAUGGCCAAUUCCCAGCCCGCCCGCCAGGAGCAUGCCACACACAGACUUCUCUCAGUUCAUCGACUGCCCUGAGUUUGUGCCGGGCCAGACCUUCUGCUCCCACUCAGUCAGGGUGAGGAUCUACUGAAAGUCGUCGGCUGCAGAAGACACUGGAUAGACCCGCCCGCCAUGGCCACCUGAAGAUGCCUGGACAUGAACCGGCUCGGGGGGAGGCAGCUGCCCCCCAGCAGACAGGACUGCGGCUUGCAGGCGCACCCUCAGGCCGGGGCUCACGGGGCCCUUCUGAGCCUGGACCGUGCUGGUGGCAAGGGCCUAGGCAGUGCUCACUGUCACCUCCUGGGGGAUAUUUCUCGCUGGGCUGCUGGGCUCUUUUGCCCCUUGUUGGCAGGUGUUUGAAAAGUUGAAGAAAGUGACAUUUUUUUUAGGAUGGUAAACAAAGAUGUAAUGUCUGUAUAUUAUUUAAGUUAGAUAAUUUAUUGUAUAGCCCUUCCCCGCUCACAUGCUGGAGGAGGUUGGCCUCUUCGACUAUAGCUGACUCCCGUUCCUUCCUCAUUUAUGCAUUAUUAAUAAAUUAUAGCCAUAAA